AUGGUCCGCGCGGAGCCUCAGACGCCGCGGCGCCAGGCGGCCCCCGGCCCCGUCCGUCACACUCAGCGGCCCAGGGUCGGACGCCCGUCUCCCACACCGCCACCGGCCGAGUCGGCGGCGGCGCCGGUGGCAGCUCCGGGCAUCUGCCCUCUGGCCGGGCCGGGCCAGGCCGACGCAACGCUAAGCGACGAAGGUACCCCAGCGCAGACGGGGCCCAGUGUAGGGGUAGGAGGGGGAGGGAGAGUCUGGAUGGAGAGGGGGCGGGAGGAGCUGGAAGUCCCGCCCCGGCCCUGGCCCCGCCCCUUCCUCGGGCCGCACUGGCGUCACCACGCCGCGCCGCGUGUGUCUUGCCGGCGAGGGCUGCUGCGCGCGUGCGUACUGGAGAUAAUCUUCACUCUGCUGUCUGAAACUCCGCCUUGGGCUUCAGCUCAACACGCAUGCGCCUUGCGCUGCUCUGGCUCCUCUGCGCCUCCCAGUUGCUCUGUGGGCUGUAUAGUCAGGGCUAGCAGGCAGGACAAGUGCCUGAGACUCGGCGACCAGUGGGCCCAGCCGGCAAGACGCAGCUACUCGGAGAUUACGAUCUGGGACCGCCCCUUGCCUGGCCAAAUUUAACUUUCCUUCCCUGAUUGGUGAAGUCUCUGGUGGAGGGCGCUGGCUCCAGGCAUGUGGGCAUCAGUAGUUGCGGCACUCAAGCUCAGGAGUUGAGACUCGCAAGCUCUAGAGUGCAGGCUCAGUGGUUGUGGUGUGCGGGCUUAGCUGCUCCACAGCUUGUAGAAU